AUGGGAAAAAAGAUCGAAAAUAGCCGGGUUCCAUGUCAUAUCGGCACUGUCCUAUUGACCUGGGAGUAUUUGGAGGCAGAGAACCAACCGUCGGUCUUGCUACCAAAUGAGGAAGCAGGAACCAUCUGGUGUCGGUAUCAGCUUGGUUGCAAACAACUACAAGAGGCUACAGAGGUUAACCUCCCUCUCGAAACGUAUCCCUCAAUUGAAGAGUCUCCGUACUACUGCUUCGGAUACUGGAGAAUUGUCCUUGACCCCCAAGGAAACUACGAAGGCAAGGCCUGCUCUGGAAUAGUGGGACCAGGCUCUCUGUGGAUUGAGUAUGUCGAGAGCUUUACAGACCCCAAAGACUGGUAUAUCUCUGAGGUACUCGGUGCCGCAUACGAGAACAAGUAUGGGUUUGCGACCUUGAAGUACAUUUUCGUAGACAAUAUCGUCGAGACUGAAACCAGAGAGUUCUGUCUAACACAACUCCUCACUGAGCGCAAUGGUCUUUGUAGGCCACCUCCAGAAAACAAAGUCUUUGUCUGGCGUUACUCCUCUGCUGAAUUCCGGGCCUUACUGGGUACGCCAAUCGGCAGGGUAGUCGCAGGUCUCGUCCUUUGUGUCAUUGCAUCGUCGAACACAGACUGA